AUGCUCAAGCUGUGGUGGUGUCUACUUUUACUCUCGUGCCUUGGUCUGAUCGAGGGCCAGGGCUCGCGCACCUAUCUGCCACCACCAGCCACUGCCGCUGCCACUGCCAUGGAGCCCAUCAUAACCAAACAGUUCUACAGCAUAUCCCCGGCCGAGGAGCCCGAUGAGGAGCUGCAGCCACGAACCAGACACCUGGUGAUAGGACAGCCAAGGCGCAACUACCGCGUCAUCUUCAUACGCGCCCCCAGCACCAGCAGCGACCAGCUGAAAUACACGGCUGAGCUGGCGCCCCAGGAGGAACGCACUGUGAUCUAUGUGCUCACCAGGAAGCAGCCGGAGCUGCAGGCCGAGGACAUUGUGGCGCCCCAGCAACAGCAGCAGCAGGCAGGGGAGCAGAAGCCCGACAUCUUCUUCAUCAAGUACAAGACGAACGAGGAGGCUGCUGCCGCCCAGCAGGAGAUUCAGCUGCAGUACGACCAGCUGGGCGGAAACACCGAGAUAGCGGCUCCCUAUGUGGCACCCGUACAGUCCGUGAUCGAAGCCCUUAGCGCCCGGCAAUCGACUACAGCGGGCACUGAUAGCGGCGGGGGCUAUCACUAUCAGAGGCCCCCGCACCUGGCAAUGCUCGUGGCGCCAGUGAAUCGUCUCCACUGA